AUGUCCGAACUCGGCCGCUGCACCAUUGCAGAAGCCACGUUCCCCGUGCCGCCAGGCACGCGUCCUGUCGAUCGUCCGCCGUACCGUCCGAAUCCCCGCGUAGCCACUGUCUCCGACAAAUGUGUCGCCGAAAUGCUCGAAUGGGGUAUCAUUGAAAAACGGCCCAGCGCAUGGGGAAGCCCAUGCACACUUGUCGCUAAAAAGAACGGCAGUCCCCGUUUCUGCGUCGACUACCGCCACACCCUCAACCGUCACAUCGUCCGUAAAACCUGGCCCAUGCCUAACCUCGAGUCCUGCCUGGAUGCCGGCCAAGCUCUCUACAUCAUCGUCGCCGACAUCCUCAGCGCCUUCUGACAGAUCCCCGUGGUAGAGGAACACGUCGACCGUACUGCAUUGGUCACCCCUA